UCCCCCUGCAGAGCGGCUGGCAGAGGCCCAUUCCACUCUGUUGUGACUUGUCCGCUGGAGAAUGAGUCAGACUCUCACUCUGCACAGCGUAUUCCUCCAGCACCUGGAUGCACUGCCAUGCGCUGAACAGGACACACUCACCGUGGUGGAACCUGUGAACAACUAAUCCGAACGGGUUCACGCUGUGGUCCCUUUGCGACAGCGAGCGUUGGAUGGACGAUCUAUUCAGAGCCACGGCUGUGGGCUCUGCUGGAAGGGUUGGAGGAAGCGGCGCAGGGUUCGGUGAGUCCAGCAGCUCCUCUGGACCAGGAGGCCUGGACCUCGCCACUCUACGAGCCUUCUCUGCUGCCACCUCCGGGGGAGGGAGGUCGGGCCCUUUGGGGGGCUCUGAAGCAGGGUUUAGAGGAGGAGGCAUGUCCUCUGUCGGUGCGAGUGGUGGCAGAGACAGGAAAAGGGAAGCGAGUCUCGGUGCGGCGACGAAGGCCAGCUACGGUCCAGGGGGACACGGAGACUUGAAGAGAGGGCCGUGCUCCGCUGUCCCUCACUCGCCCACUCCGAAAGAGAGGAAGAGCACGAGCGCCGCCACGGCAGCCGCCAACUCGGCUGUCUUUUACGAGAGUUCAAGCACAAACUCGUCUCCGGAGUACAGCAGGAAGGAGUACGGCUCUUCAAGUGCAACUUCAAGCAGCGCCACCAGAGGGAGAACUCAGAGCAGAGAGAGUGAGAUCAGAGCCAGGCUUCAGAGCGCUUCCCCGCCAGCGAGAUGGACGGAGCUGGACGACGUGAAGCGUCUGCUGAGAGGAAACCGCUCCACCAGCGCCAGCGCCAGCCCCCCUCAGUCCCCUAACAACACGCUGCCCAUCCCCAAGAAGGCCAGCGUGGAAACCAGGGCCGCGUCGGACAGCGCAGAUCAGUACGGCAACGUUUGGUCCGGAGGGAUGAGCAGUAGCUACGGUUACGACACCAACCACAACAACCUGUCCUCCCUCUCCAGCCUCCACCCGUCAGGAGUUCAGAACAACCUGACACCCGGCUCUCCCUCCAUGCACGGGAGCCCUUCUGCUGGUAGCUCAGUUCCUGUGUAUGGUGUCCAGAAUAACCUGGGCAGUACCGGUGCUGUGGGCCUCUCUCCAACUGGGACCAACCCACACAUAGUUUACGGUGUGCAGAAGAACGUUUCUGGAUUGAGCACCACUGCAGUGAGACCCAGCAGUCCCUUUAAUGAGGACGCCUCAGGCAAAGACUUUAAGUUUGUGCUGCUGGAGAAGGAGAACGCUCCGGUCAAAAAGGAGACAGAGCGCCUGAUGAUGACCCAGAAGGACACAGGGAAGCAGUUCAUGUCUGCUCGGCCGGCUCUGGCUUCUGGCACAGACUCCCUGAAGAGAGACAAACAGGAGCUCUCAUCCAGCAGAGUGGAGGGAGGAACGGACGCCAAAUCUGCAACCCUAAAAGUUGCCACAAAAGACAAAGCCACCUAUGCAGAGAUCGGUAAAGACGAGUCAGGCUUCGGCUUCUGCUCCUGCUGCAGCUGGUGGAAGUGGCUGCUCGGCCUCCUGCUCGGCCUGCUGCUCCUCCUCGGCCUCCUCUUCGGACUCAUCGCUUUGGGCGAAGAGGUGAAACGGCACGCGAGCCGCCUCGAAGCCCUUGAAGCCGUUACUGGCACGGCAUCAGCCAGGUCCAGCCGACUGUCGGCCUCCUCGGCCGUCAACAUCAUCGACCCGCUGGACGCUUCGCACAUCGCCAGCGGCCCUUCCGGCUCCACCCUGACCCGAUCCGAAAACGGAAUCGACCUGGGGGCUGUUGAGCCCGGGGGAGGCGCGGGGAGCGGACCCGGACAAGACAGCGGCGCCCUGCAGAGAGCCGUUCAGCAGCUGGUCAAGGCCGAACUCCGCUCGGACGCUGUGAGAGAAACACUUGCUCACUCGCUUAAAGGGGAGAAAGGAGAUCCAGGACCUAAAGGUGAUCCGGGGCUGCUGGGACCAAAAGGUGAUGGUGGAUUUCCCGGCCUGCCAGGGCCCCCUGGGCAGUUGGGACAUCCAGGAUUGGAUGGACCAAGAGGACCAAAGGGAAGUGGAGGUGAAGCGGGUCCCGAGGGACCACCAGGUCAGAAGGGGCGGGACGGGCUAAUGGGCCCCCGUGGAGAGAUUGGACCACAAGGCUUUGGAGUGAAAGGAGACAAAGGAUCUCAAGGUGAGGCAGGACGUCCGGGUAUGGCUGGUGCUUCUGGUCCUGUGGGGCCAAAAGGUCCCAUGGGAGAGCAGGGUUCCUCAGGAAGCCCCGGAGCUCCAGGUCCAAAGGGUUUCCAGGGUGAGGCAGGAGCACCAGGCGCUAAAGGUGAUCGAGGAGCAGCAGGUCUUACAGGAAACAAAGGAGAACAGGGAGAGAGGGGACCACGUGGAUCCGCAGGUGAACCUGGACAACCUGGACCACAAGGCCCUGCUGGAGCAAAGGGAUCUAACGGGAUUGCAGGUGACGCAGGUCCGAUGGGACUUACUGGAGUAAGGGGACAGCCGGGACUUCCUGGAGAUGUCGGUCCACCAGGUCAACCAGGAUCUCCUGGUAAAGUCAUCGCUCCAAUUGGUUCCAAUACUGUGGCCAUACCUGGACCCCCUGGGCCUGCCGGGCCUGCUGGGCCAGCUGGCCCCGCUGGGCCUCCAGGUCCUGCUGGAACCCAUGGUCUGUCUGGUCCCGUUGGCCCCGCUGGUAUCCCAGGACAACCUGGACCCAAGGGAGAACAAGGAGAGAAAGGAACAGGAAUCGGUUUACCCGGACCUCCAGGAGAGAGAGGAAAACCUGGCAGCUUUCUGCCAACCUCAGAAACCUUUUUUGCUGGACCACCAGGACCCCCUGGACCACAAGGUCCAGCAGGAGUCAAAGGACCACAGGGGUACCAAGGUCAACCAGGUCAACCGGGCCUUCCAGGGAGUCCAGGGGAACCAGGGGUUGGUGUCCCAGGUCAGCCAGGACCCAUGGGGCCUCAGGGUCCAGCCGGCCCAGAGGGGCCACAAGGACCUCAAGGACCUCAAGGUUAUGGAGGACCCCCUGGUGCCCCUGUGGCCGACAAUGGUGGCUCAUUCAGCCUUGGAGCCCCAGGCCCACCUGGACAACCUGGACAACCUGGACAACCUGGACAACCCGGACCACCCGGAAGAGACGGAAGUGGGUCUGGAUCAACCAAUGUUGGCCAGUACAUAGCAGAUUACCUUCACAGUGAUGGUAUCAGGCAGUACCUGGCUGGACCUCCUGGACCUGCUGGUCCUCCAGGGGCCCCAGCGCCUGCAGUGGAUGACUUGGCCAACCAAGUUAUUGCCUACAUCCAGAGUUCAGGUAGAGGAUACGAUGGGGCUCCUGGUCCUCCCGGUCCUCCAGGUCCACCCGGCUCCAUCUCUGUUAUUGAUGUUAUCAACGUAUUACAACGAGAGGACGUGAGGAGAUACGUGGCUGGUACUCCUGGUCCACCAGGACCUCCCGGAGCUCCAGGCCCCGGCAGCUAUGGAUUUAACACCCAGGAGGUAGCUGAACGGGUCCUCGUCCUCAUGAACGGAGUCUAUCAGGGGCCUCCUGGUUCCCCUGGUAUCCCUGGUCCACAAGGUCCACCUGGACCAGCAGGUCCAAUUGGUCCACCAGGACUUGGGAACUACAUCAGUUCAGACAUUCGUGAUUACCUGCAUAGGGUUGCCUUCAGAGACCAACCAGGCCACCCUGGUGCCCUUGGACCCGAGGGCACCAGAGGUCAAACCCCCGGCUACGGAGAAUAUCCCAACGGAGAGACGCUGAAAGCAGAACCACAACAAUAUACCAAGAGACACGAGGGAGAGCCUGGUGUGCCGGGCCCCAGAGACCUGGAUACUGAAGACUUCGCCCAGAUGGCUAUCAAAGUAACUGAUUACAUCAAAUCCCGCGGCCUCCUGUACGACAUCGUGAGAGAAUACAAUAGUCGUGCGUUCCAAGGACCCCCAGGACCGCCGGGGCCCGCGGGUCCCCCUGGAGACAGCCGGUGGUUUGGUUCCCGUGGAAACGCCACAGAUCUGCUGGAAUACAUCAGGUCUCGCGGUCUGCUGCGUGACUCGGAUCGAAACCACAAUGAUUCCCCCGUCCAAGGGCCGCCAGGACCACCCGGCCCCCCGGGUCAACCCGGACACAGCCGGCUGUUUGGUUCCCAUUCAAACGUCACCGAUUUAGUGGAAUACAUCAAAACACAUGGAGCCAUUGUGGGGCAGCCUGGGAGACCAGGACGCAAAGGGGACAGAGGAUACCCAGGGCCCAAAGGAGAGAGAGGAGAAUCCGCUGUGAGGAACCGGAGGAGGCGGGACGCUGCGGCCUGACACGGGCUCCGAUUUCUAUAUUUCUGACUGUGGUUCAUGAAUAUGAGCUGGUUUCAUCCGCUCAUUUGGGGGGAGGAGUCGCUCUUAUCGUUUACGCCAGUCUGCAUUUUAUAAUUUUCUUUUUUUUUUUUAAUGUAAAUUGUUUUUUUACAAAGUUAUAGCUUUUCUGUCAGAUGAUUGUGCAUGAGAGUAAAAACUAUAGUACAGAGAAAACAUGUUUUAUUUACAGCACUAUGAACAUCGACAUGACACAUCUAAGAAAACAGACAUUUAUUUUAAUAAACAUCAGGAUUUUGA